CUGGCUGCGGGUCAUUGCUGAGCUUCUCAGUCUAGGGUUUCCUUCACCUUCGACCUUCGAGCCGGGGCCACCAGGGCCAGCAGAUCCAGCACAUUGCCUGGCGCAGCCAAUCUUCUUCCAUGCAGAGCCUGCAAGAGCUCGAUCAGACAACGCUCAGUGUCAUACCUCACCCCAUCCGAUAUUCCUCCUGGAGCCCUCCAGAGCGUCGAAAGAGACAGAAGAGACGGGAGGGUGACAGUUGCAAUGCCGGAGAUUCUUCCAACCUCAUAUCUCCCUUAUUGAAGCCACUUCCACCUCGACCAUCACUUUCUCCUGCCCGUCCUGAGCCUCCAGCGACGACAAGACAACAAGAGACCAGGGGACAUAUGACGAACCUGUUCGAACCGGGAUUGCCUUCCGAAUUAACCCACGGUUCCAGUCAGACGCAAGACCUCUAAAUCAACCCCUCCCUCCACCUUGCGCCUUCUGAACGCCGGCUUUUUUCGUGUGCGUGUGCGACAUCAUAGCUUGAGCCUUGUGCCUGAUCGCGUCAAAAAGUGCGACAACUUCUACGAAGCACUUUCUCCUUCUUCCUAUAUGUUCUAGUACACACUCUCUUUCUGCAAUCCAGUUCAGCAGUGCUACCAUGGUCACCCAUACGGCUUCACCCAGUCAAGUUCUUCGUUCAGACAAUGAUCCUCCCGGCCAUAGACCAGAGUUGACAAGCGAACCAGAGAAGAUAUCGUCGGAACCAGAACGGCCAACGACUUCUUAUUUCUCUCUGCCUCAAAGACAGUCCACCAAUGAGUCCGCAGCUUCAGAAUCACCGGCAGAGGUCGCAAAGGGAGCAAGGUCUGGAAAGGAGUUACUGCGCCGGCUCAGCCUUGUUGAUUCCAGAGGCGCCGAGGCCUUGGAGGUCGACCCUCGAACAGCUUAUCCUGGUUUGCGGCUGAGUGGGAAUGUCAUCAGUGCCACUUUUUGCAUUCCGUAUCAACUGACACACGGAGGGAAUGGUGAAUGGGAGCUAUCCAACCGACGCGGCACUUCUGCAUUGUUCGACUCAUUCGCCCAUCUCUCCUCGGAUAAGACCCCCUGGAACCACACCUUGGUCGGAUGGACGGGUGAGAUCCGCACGCAACAACAAGCAAGAGCUAUCAGCAUCUUGCAGUCCGACGCGGCCGCAGCAAUCGCGGCCGCGAAAGCUCCCCACCCCAUCAACAAGUCUGCCGCACCCUAUCCAGUGAAUGGUGCCACACCAAACACUCACGUUCCUCAUCCUGACCAUCUGAGAAUACCUCGUUCUGACCGCACUCGUCUGGAGAAAAUCCUGGCGCAACAUCCAAAUGGCAAAGUUCUUCCUGUGUGGCUACCCGAGGGCCAAGGAGAUGAGGAUGGCGAAUUCAUCUUCAAGGACCAAAGCCGGUGGCGGAAAUAUGCAGAGCACGAGCUCUACACUCUUUUCCACUACCGACACCAUGGUCCCGAUGAUGGCCGAGCCGAGAAGACUUCGUGGGCGGAUUAUGUGCAGAUGAACCAGUGCUUUGCCGACCGAAUUUUGCACAUAUAUCAGCCUGGGGACAUUGUCUGGAUCCACGACUACCAUUUAAUGUUGCUACCGAGCAUGCUGCGUCAACGCAUCCCCAAUAUCUACAUUGGGUUUUUCCUGCACAUCCCUUUCCCUAGUAGCGAAUACAUGCGAUGUCUGCCCCGAAGAAAAGACAUCUUAACUGGGGCUCUCGGUGCGACAAUGAUCGGCUUCCAGUCAUACAGCUUCUCUCGACAUUUCAACUCCUGCUGCAAACGCAUCCUGGGCUUCGAGUCGAGUUCGGCGGGCGUGGAUGCAUAUGGGGCUCACGUUGCUGUGGACGUGUUUCCCAUCGGCAUCGAUGUGGCAGCGGUGCAGAAAACAGCUUUUGGCGAUCCUGUAAUAGAGCAAAACAUGAAAGCCUUGAAGAAAAUGUACGCCGGCAAGAAGAUUGUUGUUGGUCGUGAUAGACUCGACACCGUCCGAGGGGUAUCGCAAAAGCUGAUGGCGUUUGAGAUCUUCUUGGAACGAUAUCCGGAAUGGCGCGACAAGGUGGUACUCAUUCAGGUGACCAGUCCUACGAGCGUGAUGGAAGAGAAGGUGGACGGCGCACACAAGAUUGAACACAAAAUCUCAAAUCUGGUCUCCAGGAUAAAUGGCCAAUACGGGUCGUUGAGCCAUUCCCCAGUCCAACACUACCCGCAAUAUCUCUCGUCGCAAGAAUAUUUUGCUCUUCUCCGGAUUGCCGAUGUGGGACUUAUCACCAGUGUCAGGGACGGUAUGAACACGACGAGUCUGGAAUAUGUCAUCUGCCAGAAAAACAAUCACGGACCGUUGAUUCUGUCAGAGUUUUCUGGGACUGCAGCCAGCCUGAGCAAUGCCAUCCACAUCAAUCCAUGGGACCUGGGCGGUGUGGCCGACGCACUAAAGCAGGCACUUGAGAUGCCCGAAGCUCAAAAGAAGAGCAAUCACGAGAAACUCUACAACUACGUGACAACACACAAUGUAGCGACCUGGUCGAACAGUUUCCUCAAACGCUUGCUUACCAACCUCACCUCGUUCACUCAAAGCGAUCUUACGCCCGCGCUGGACCGCAAUCGUAUGAUUCAGCAAUACCACGCUGCAAAGAAACGGCUCUUCAUGUUCGACUAUGAUGGCACACUCACGCCAAUCGUGAAAGACCCCAACGCGGCAAUUCCGUCUGACCGAGUCAUCCGUACCCUCAAGGCCCUUGCAGCCGACCCACGCAACAAUGUCUGGAUAAUCAGUGGCCGCGAUGCGUCCUUCCUCGAAGAAUGGAUGGGUCACAUUACUGAAUUGGGCUUGAGUGCUGAACACGGCUGUUUCCUACGACGGCCUGGGUCGGAGACAUGGGAGAACCUUGCUGCGGCCAUGGACAUGGGGUGGCAGAAGGAAGUUAUGGACGUAUUCUCUUACUACACAGAACGUACUCAGGGGUCGUGGAUCGAGAAGAAACGGGUUGCAUUGACAUGGCACUAUCGACAGGCUGACCCUGAUUUCGGUGCUUUCCAGGCAAGGGAGUGUCGAAAAGCGUUGGAGGAGAAUGUUAUGAAGCAUUGGGAUGUUGAAGUCAUGAGUGGGAAGGCCAACUUGGAGGUGAGGCCGCAGUUUGUGAACAAAGGCUUCAUUGCAACAAGGUUGAUUAAUGAAUACGGAUACGCGAGGGGUGAACCACCGGAGUUUGUGUUGUGUUUGGGGGAUGAUCAGACCGACGAAGAUAUGUUCCGCGCCCUCCUCAAGACGGAUCUUCCCAAAGAACAUGUCUUUGCGUGUACUGUGGGCGCCAGCAGUAAACGCACCCUGGCGACAUGGCACUUACUUGAGCCGAGCGAUGUCAUUGCAACAAUCGCGGCUUUGAACAAGGCAGAGAACUUGUAGCCUCCAAAGGCGCGGGGCGGGGCUAUGACUGGGUAUCUCUGUUCACAUAUCUGUUCACAUAAACGAUCAAUGCCACGACAGGAUACGUCGUCAGGCGAUCACUGCAGCGGCGACUCUUCUCGGGCGCAGGGAGGUUGAUGUGCGACAGGCAUGCCUUGGAAACCCAGGACACCAAGACAAAGACGACAAGUUACAUUGGAAAAAGAGCGCUUUAUGUGCUGAUUGAUAUGACCACGGACAAAGAGAGAACACAGAAUAGGUCACGGUGGUAGAACUUUGCUGUUGUUGCGACUCGGGCUUUAUAGACCUAGCUCUUGAAACUUAUUUCACGUCCC